AUGAUUGGGCUUGUGUCCGCGGGAUUCGUGACUGAGAAGGCCGCAUUUGUUUGUUUAGGGAAGAUGGAGGAAGAAGGAGAAGGUCGUCGUUGCGAAGGAGCAGUAAGGGCCCAUUUUCUAUCCAAUUCGGAAUGGCUGUUCGGAAUGCUGACUAGUUCGCGUUGCUUCUUGUAUGAAGCCGAUCAUUACCUAUUCAGAUGCGUCAACAUUUUGGAAUUAGAGUCGUCUACAUGGCGUAAUCAGAACAAAGGACCAAAACAGAUGGGCCUUAUAGGUGUAGUUCCUCUGUCCUUAGAAAUCAAGCAGAUUUCUGCUGUCAAUGGUGAGAACCAUACGAACGAAACCUCAUCGACGGUCAUCCGUCAUAACGCUAAUUCAUCCGCCGCCAUCUUUGCGGCGAAGAAUCUCAGGCUCAUUAAAGGGCGAACGGUUGAUCCGAGUCGUUAA